AUGAUUAUCAAAGCAUUUCUCCUUCUGAAUAUUUCAUUCAAAAUUGUUUCAUCAGAGAUAUCAUGUUCAACAGAGCCAAAAUGUCGGUGUAUCUUACUUGAAGAUGGGAUAUAUGCAGACUGCAGUGGCAGGCAAUUAAACUCGUCACCUAUGUUUAACGAAAACGUCACAUCAAUCAACCUCAGUUUCAAUUAUUUGAUAUAUCCUCCCUCAAACGAGAAUUUACCAGAAUCUUUACAAAAUUUGAAUGUUUCAAACAAUUUGAUCUCUACGUUAUCGUUUGAUACUGAGAAAAUAUUAUUUUGGAAAAUAACCGGUCUCAAAUUUCUAGAUUUAUCAUCAAAUGAACUGUUGAUAGAUGAACCUAUCUUCUUUCCAACUAUGUUUUCAAAUUUCUCGCUGUUGAAAUUACUUGAUAUAUCAGGAAACGUAAUUCCCGAAAAAGGUUUUCCAGAAUUCGAUAAUGUGUUGGCCCCAUUAAUUUUUCUGCGAUUUUUAUCUGUCGAUAUUUUUGAAAGUAUUAAAUUUGGAAGGAGUUUUGAGAGAUUAUCGAAUCUAAAGUCAUUGAGACUCACUGGUGUGUGCAAUACGUCACGAACUUUUAUCAUUAGGGAAGAUUUUUUCCUUUAUCUCCCUUUUCUUGAAUAUUUAGAUAUUUCUACUCUUGAAGUGUGGACAAAUGUGUACAAUAAUACCGGUUCUCCUUGCUUCUGUUCUUUUACAAGUAUUCACAAAGGAGCUAUUGGAAAACUAACUAAUUUGAAAUAUCUUGAUAUAUCUAAUAACCGAUAUCUUGGACUCUGUGGAUUCCGUAAUAUAACGUAUGACCUUAAUCUUACAAACAUAAAAAUAUUUAAAGCUAGAAACUUAUAUUGUCAGGACAGUAGAUCUGUCACACUGUAUUGCGAUGAUAUAACAAAUUUACGAAACACCUCCCUGGAAGAACUUUAUAUUGACGGAAAUAAUAUCGAUAUUGGGCAGCCAGGGAUACUUACGUAUUUGCCAUCGUCUCUGUUAAUCCUUAGUAUUAGUGAGAACCGUUGGGUGGGUGGAGCAUACACCUAUAGGCCAUAUGAUAAUUUGAUUAACUUAGUUAGCAUUGAUAUAAGUAAUAUAAAUAAUCAUCAAAUGUCCCAAAAUGGUGCAGCACGUUUUCCUUGUUGUGUACAUUUUCUUGGAGAUGUCACGUGUGAGAAAUCGAGGAUCAAGACCGUGAAUGGGGAUAAUACUACUGGUACGUGUUCUUACAUCCCACAACACUACAACGAUUAUAUUCAAAGUAGCAAGUCGGUUCAAAUUUCCGACAAUCCAGAUCCUUGGAGGUGUUCUUAUCCCCUUGGAGAUGUCGACGUCCACUAUGUAGUGGUUCCUGAAAAUGUGAAGUCGGUUGUAAUGAAUAAUUCAAGAAUGGGGUAUGCGAUUCGUUGGACAAUAUUCAAUACCCUGUCGAUGAUAAAUCUUACCCUUAGCAAUAAUCAAUUCUAUAGUUUUAUUGGUCCUAUCUGUAACGCAACAAAUCUUAAAUUUCUUGAUCUUUCAGGAAAUAGAUGCUCUAGCCUUACUCCAUAUUUUCUUAAUUCCUUACCCUCACUAGAAACUUUAUUACUGAAUAAUAAUCUAUUAGGUCUAGCUGGUUUUUCUAAUUAUGAAUGUUCAAAUUCUACAAAUCAUGAAACUUUGAUAGAUGCUGUUCUAUCUCUUGACAAAACAUGUUCUACACAUACUGUUGUGAUAAUUGUUUGUCUGAUUUUGAUUAUUGCGUUUUUGGUUUGUCUCAUAAUAGCUAUAUUAUACAAAAACAGAUGGAAGAUAAAUUACUGGUACUAUAUUGCGAAGCGAAAUUAUUUUCAACAUGAUUAUAUGCGUUUGGAAGAUAGACAAAACUACAAAUUUGAUGUUUUCCUUUCAUACGCUGUUGAGGAACGAAUUUUCGCUAUUAUGGAACUAACAAAACGACUAGAAGUGAACGAGAACUUUCGUCUGUGUAUUCAUGAACGUGAUUUUAUUCCUGGCUGCGAUAUCGCUGACAAUAUAGUCAAUGCUAUCCAUAAUAGUCGUAAAGUCAUUUUCGUAGUAACUCCUGCUUUCCUAAAGUCAAAAUGGUGUAUAUACGAACUCAAUAUGGCUUAUAUGGAAUAUGUUGUGUCCAGGCAAGGUGUUAAUUGUAUGAUAAUGGUUAUAAAGGAAAAAAUCAAAGAAAGAGACAUCCCUAGAAAAAUGUAUGAUAUAAUGAAAGACGAGAGUUACUUAACUUUCCCGGAUGAGGAGGAAGACAAAGAAGCAUUUUGGGAACGAUUGAUCGAUUCCUCGCGGUAGAUGUGAUCGUGAAAUAGAAUUAAAAAAAAUGUGUGUGUGGAUGGUGGGGGGAUGCGUCAAUGUUAAGA